UACAGCCGCCUCGUCACUGCAGCUGGCUGCCGUCCCAGCCCCGUGCACGCUCCUAACUCACUGGGCUUCCUUAGGGAGGGGGAAACAGUUAAGCUCUCCGGGCGGCUGCAGUCAUCUGGGCGUGGUUCUCUUGGCAGACCUGAGCCGCACAGAUUCCUGGUGCCAGAGGGGCAGAGGAAGGCGCUCGGGCAGCAGAGCCUCCCAGAUGGCAGAGUUGGAUCUGAUGACUCCGGGGCCCCUACCGGGGGCCACCGCUCACCCUCUGGUCCCCGUCAGCCCAGACUCUGGAUCGGCCAGUCCCGAAGAAGAGGAGGAUGUGGGCUGUCCGGAGGAGGUGGACAGCAGCCCUGGGGAGCAGGGGGCUCCUGGCGGCGAGAGCGAGGAGGGGAUCCUGUGUGACUUCUGCCUUGGGGACCGUAGGGUGAGAGCGGUGAAGUCCUGCCUGACCUGCAUGGUGAAUUAUUGUGAGGAGCACCUGCGGCCGCACCAGGAGAACAGCAAACUGCACAGCCACCAGCUGACCGAGCCGGCCAAGGACCGCGACCUGCACACUUGCCCUGCCCACCGCAGCCCGAUAGUCGCCUUCUGCUGCCCGGAUCAGCAGUGCAUCUGCCAGGAGUGCAUCCAGGACCAGCACAGGGACCAUGCCAGCGUGUCCCUGGACGCAGCCCGCAGGGACAAGGAGGCUGAACUUCGGUGCACCCAGUUAGACCUGGAGCAGAAACUCAAGUUGAAUGACAACGCCAUUGCCAGGCUUCAAGCCAACCACAAAUCUGUUUUGGUGUCAGUGUCAGAGGUAAAGGUGGUGGCGGAAGAGCAGUUCGGGGAGCUCCUCGCUGCUGUGAGGAAGGCCCAGGCUGACGUGAUGCUGUUCUUGGAGGAGAAGGAGCAAGCAGCCCUGAACCAGGCCAAUGGCAUCAAGACCCACCUGGAGUUCAGGAGCGCGGAGAUGGAGAAGAGCAGGCAGGAGCUGGAGAGGCUGGCAGCCAUCGGCAACACAGUCCUGUUCCUGGAGGAGUACGGCAAGUUCAAGAGCACCGAAGACAACGCCUUCCCCAGCGUGUACAUAGGGCUGAAGGAUAAGCUCUCGGGCAUCCGCAAGGUCAUCGCCCACUCCACUGUGCACUUGGUCCAGCUGCUGCAGAGCUACAAGGAGAAGCUCCAGGCGUUCGCCACGGAAGAGGAGUAUGACAUCAGAACUCAAGUGUCCGCCAUCGUCCAGCGCCAGCAUCGGACCUCCAAACCUGAGCCCAGCACCAGGGAACAGUUCCUCCUGUAUGCCUGUGACAUCACCUUUGACCCGGACACCGCACACAGGUAUCUCCGGCUGCAGGAAGACAACCGCAAGGUCGCCAACACGGCGCCCUGGGAGCAUCCCUACCCGGACCUCCCCAGCAGGUUCCUGCACUGGCGGCAGGUGCUGUCCCAGCAGAGCCUCUACCUGCGCAGGUACUAUUUCGAGGUGGAGAUCUCCGGGGCAGGCAUCUACGUGGGGCUCACCUGCAAAGGCAUUGACCGGCAAGGAGAGGCACGCAACAGCUGCAUUUCCGGAAACAACUUCUCCUGGAGCCUCCAUUGGAACGGGAAGGGGUUCACAGCCUGGCACAGUGACACGGAGACCCCACUCAAAGCCGGCCCCUUCCGCAGGCUCGGGGUCUACGUGGACUUCCCAGGGGGGACCCUUUCCUUCUAUGGUGUAGAGCAUGACGCCAUGACUCGGAUACACAAAUUUGACUGCAAGUUUUCCGAGCCAGUCUACGCUGCCUUCUGGCUUUCCAAGAAGGAAAACACCAUCCGGAUUGUGGAUCUGGGAGAGGAACCUGAGAAGCCGGCACCGGCCCCAGCAGGAACUGCUCCCUAGAUGUCUGUUCCAGACCUUUCACUAACCACCACCAUGGGGCAGCAGUUUGCAUUUUAAGGGUGCCUGGAGAGGGGAGCAGUGUAGCUGGCUUCAGUGUGUGGUUCUGUGACCGGGAGGUUCUUUGGCUGCUCACUUGGCGCCCUGGCAGCUCUGUUCUCUGUGUCUUUGCCGUAAUCCUUAGAUACCAGUCCCCCCCGUCAUCCUCUAGCGACUUUCUCCCAUCUGCUCAGGUGAACAUCAUGCUAUGCCCAGAACUUGUGACCAGGAAUCUAAAGAGGCCUAAAAAGUUUGCAGAGAAAUCAUGAUCAGUUGCUAGCUUGACUGUGCAUUUUCCAUGUGCCGGACAUGGCCCUGAGUGCUUUGUAGCAGAUCCAUGGGGUGGAUAUCAUUAUAUCCAUUAUAUCAUUCCCAUCUUGCAUAUGGAAAAACUGUGGUCCGUGCAGGUCCAAGAGAGCUAGAAAGUUACUCAAGGUCACUCAAGGUCACUCAGGUCACUCAGCGAGCAGCAGAGCUGGGCUUCAAGUCCCAGUGGGUAGGCAAUGAACUUUGAGCCACCACAUACCUAGUAUCUUCCUGGUUAGAUCAUGAUUGUCAUGUACAAGAGAAUUGACCAGAUGAUGAACCACAAAGCAGAGACGUUGAGCCCCUUACACCCGCCUCUUGUGGACUGCCUUGCAUGCCUGGAGUCUGACCUGGUCAUCCAGCCAUGCAUUGGCUGCAAGCUCACCACCUCACACAGCAGCUCUUUCUGUUCUGGGCCAGCAAGGAUUAGGAAAAACAACUUCAUGGAGCCCAAGUGUUAGACUCUGUGACCUCUGGGAAGGGGGUCACGCUUUUCUCUUCCAAAGCCAUCUGGCCCACGUGGACUUGUCUGAUCUCAUUCAAGGGACAGUCAAUCAAGUGUCUGAGGCCAGCUCGCACGGCCCCGUCCCCUUCUCCACACUGAACUUGACAAUUCCCACUCCUUCCCCUUGCUCCUGACCAUUUCAUCCUUCCUUUGACAAAGACGCUCACUAAGGUUAAUGGAGGGCCAGCACUGUGGCUCACUAGGCUAAUCCUCCACCUGUGGCGCUGGCACCCCGGGUUCUAGUCCCGGUCGGGGUGCUGGAUUCUGUCCCGGUUGCUCCUCUUCCAGUCCAGCUCUCUGCUGUGGCCCAGGAGAAGCACCUGGCUCCUGGCUUCGGAUCGGCGCAACGUGCUGGCCUCAACGCACCGGCCAUGGUGGCCACUUCGGGGGUGAACCGGUGGAAAAGGGAAGACCUUUUUCUCUGUCUCUCUCUCACUGUCUAACUCUAUCAAAAAUAAAUAAAUGAAUAAAUAAAUAAAUAAAGUACUGAUACUUCUCCUCCUCUCUCCUUCACCCUCUUCCUCUCCCUCUCUCCCUUUCUCUCUCUUU